AUGCCGCCCACCGCACGACUACCCACCGCCGAGUUUCGGUCGCUGCUCCUCGCGCCUAUCCGCGUACGGUUGCGAACGCUACAUAGCUUCACCCAUCCUCAAUGCGCCCGUAUCGCACUGCACCGCGCAGCCCCGGCGGCGACAUGCCUUGUCCAGCGCCGCUCGCUGCACCUCUACAAGACAGCUCGAGCGAAGACAGCACUGGGCAUGCACAAAGUCCUCGAUUUCGACCUCUACAAACCCAAACCGCCCAGCGAGUCGCCUCAUAGAGUAAACCUUGUAAAGUGGCAGAAGGGCAGGGAGCCGGAAGUGCUCAAGAAGAACCUCUCUCUGCAGGAGCUCUACGAGCACGUCUCGCCCGGCAACUUCCUCUUCCAGGUGGACCAGAUCCCGAGGAAGCUGGAAGGGAAAUUCGAGGCGAUCCGCGACCAGAACAUCGCCGCUGAGUUCAACAACUACGCCAUUGGCACGGCACGCUCAGAGGCAGAAGUCUCAACCAAGAACGCACAAACCGACGGCAAGCAGCUCGGCGCUCUCAAGAACAUCAUCAUGCUCCUCUCCAACCCGGUCUCGUACAAGCCACUGGUGCUGGACAGAGCGUACCAGUUCAUCGAGCUCGGCUCGCCCGUCGAGUUCCGCAUCCGUCUGUUCGGCUCAGCGGUCGCGGUGAAGAACAGGGGCAGGACUCUUGAUCCCGAGAUGGUGCCGUGGCUGCAAGACCAUUUUCCACACAUGAGGCCAGACUUUAUACUCAAGGCCAUGCCCGAGGGCUCCGUGUACCUCAUCGAGCCGGUCACAGACGGGCGCAUCAUACAGUUUGUGGUGUGCAAGGGGGCCAAGGAGAUGCCCAAGCUCAAUCUCACAACGAGGCUGUUCAGAGUGCAGGGAGCGGUGGAAAAGUCACUG